AUUUCACUUUCUUUUUGAUACAUAAAAAAGAACAAAUAAUGAAGGCCCAUAGCCUUAUAAUCUUAUCCUUUGUGUUUCUUUUGGGAGCUGCCUCAGCCGAGCAAUGUGGACGACAGGCCAAUGGAGCUCUAUGCCCCAAUAACCUCUGCUGUAGCCAGUACGGAUGGUGUGGUGACACCGACGACUAUUGUAAAACCGGUUGCCAGAGCCAAUGUCGUGGUUCCUCUGUCGAGCAAUGUGGGCGACAGGCCAAUGGAGCUCUAUGCCCCAAUAACCUCUGUUGUAGCCAGUACGGGUGGUGCGGCGACACCGAUGCCUAUUGUAAAACCGGUUGCCAAAGCCAAUGUCGUGGUUCAACUCCUUCUACUCCUCCUAGCUCUGGUGGCGACGUUGGAGGGAUCAUCAACGAAGGCCUUUACAAUCAAAUGCUUAAGUAUAGCAAGGAUGCUCGAUGCCCUAGUAAUGGAUUUUAUACCUAUAAUGCUUUCAUUACUGCUGCUCAAUCCUUCCCUGGUUUUGGUACCACGGGAGAUGAUUCUACUCGUAAGAGUGAGCUUGCAGCUUUCUUUGGCCAAACUUCUCAUGAGACUACUGGAGGAUGGGCUAGUGCACCAGAUGGUCCAUAUGCAUGGGGAUACUGUUUCAUACGAGAGAUAAAUCAAGAUGUAUAUUGCACACCUAACAACCAAUGGCCAUGUGUUGCUGGUCAAAAAUACUACGGUCGUGGACCAAUCCAACUAACUCACAACUACAACUACGGGCCAGCGGGAAAUGCACUAAGCUUGAAUUUGUUGAGCAACCCUGAUUUGGUAGCCACAAAUGCAAUUAUAUCCUUCAAGGCAGCUAUUUGGUUUUGGAUGACACCACAAGGGAACAAACCAUCAUGUCAUGAUGUUAUUACUGGUAGGUGGCAACCUUCGAGCACCGACACUGCCGCAGGAAGAGUCCCUGGCUAUGGUGUCAUCACCAAUAUCAUUAAUGGUGGACUCGAGUGUGGCCAUGGUCCUGAUGAUAGAGUUGCAGAUAGAAUUGGAUUUUACAAAAGGUACGCUGACAUAUUAGGUGUCAGUUACGGCAACAACUUAGAUUGCUACAAUCAAAGGUCUUUCUAAUAUGUUAUUUAUACUUAUAAUAUUAUGCAAUAUAAUAAAAUGUCUUUUUGAUGUUGUAAAAGACAAGUACGGCUAGUAUGUACUGUAAUCUCUAGCUUAACUUAUGUAAUAAACAUUGUAUCCUUCAAUAAAGAGAGGAAUAUAUAUUCUUUUCUCAUGCAACAAUAAG